AUGUCUUCUUCUUCUUUUUCUAUCCCCAAGUUCGAUGUCUUCCUAAGUUUCAGCGGCGAAGACUCCGACAAAACAUUCAUCUCGGAUCUUUACCGUUCGUUGUCUGACAAAGGAAUUACUACAUAUUACAAAGAUGACAAGCUAGAGGAGAAAGUCUCGCCUCUUGGCUCUGAUUUGACAAAAUGUAUCGAAGAGUCAAAACUUGCCAUUGUUGUGAUAACGGAGAGCUAUCCGACCUCUGUUUGGUGCCUUGACCAGCUCCAGACAAUACUAAAGUCUCAAGAGGAAGGCCGGCUCUCCAUCUUACCCAUAUACUACGAAGCUGAUCCUUCCAAUGUAAGAAGACAGACCGGAGGGUUCGCAGAACCUUUUAGUAAGCUUGAUGAUGAUGAAUAUCCAUCUGAAAAGUUUCAAGCAUGGAGGACUGCUCUUGCCAAACUCACCAACAUAUCCGGCUUGGAUUCACGUUUAUGGAGUGAUGAAGGGAAUAUGAUUGAUUUGGUUACAAAUGAAAUCUUUCUUUUAGUCUCCGCUAAGCCAAUCGAUCCAUUAGCAACUAAAACCAGUGGACUUUUCGGGUUGGACCGUCACCUGCAAGCACUAUACAGAUUAUUGAAUUCAAAAUCUGAUGAGGAAGUUUUCUUGAUUGCCAUUUGGGGUCCGGGAGGGGUUGGCAAGACAACACUUGCGACAUACGCAUACGAAGAAAUGUCUAGUGAUUUCAAUGCCAAACUGUUUGUGGCCAACGCUCAAGAGAUUUAUAACAAAGUCACCGAUACGGAAAGUUCAUCAUCCUCAUCAAAAGAGAUUCAGAAGGAAGCUCAAACGGUGACAAGGAGUACUUCGAAUGUGAGUACUGAUGUUAUCAAGUCUAAGGUUGGAUACAAGAAAAGUCUUCUUGUCAUUGAUUGUGUAGAUAACAUCAAACAAUUAAAGGACAUAGCAGAUAUCGCUGGCUGGUGUGGUUCAGGAAGUAGAGUCGUCCUUAUUACACAAGAAAAGAAUUUGCUAGAUGAAUUCGGUGUGAAGCAUGUCUACGAAGUCAAGUCUUUGAGAUACGAUGAAGCUCUUCAACUGUUCUCUUACUCUGCAUUCAAACAGGAACAACCUCCAACUAGUUUUGAAUCACUCUCCCUUCGCGCUAUCCAGAUCGCCCGUUUCCUUCCCCUGACUCUUAAAAUCCUCGGCUCUUACUUGCAAGGCAUGGGUGAAGAGGAAUGGGAGAAGGAGUUGCAAGAACUCGAAGGAGACCAAGCCAAAGCUAUUAUGGAAGUAAUGAAGACAAACUAUACGAGAGCAAAUGAGAAUGAGAAAAUCCCUUCGUUUAUCUUGCCUCUUAACUCUUUAAGUGAUGAGUCGUCGGAGAUAAAACUCACCUGA